AUGGCCUCGCUUCUGGCAUCCAUCGUGCAAUGGCUUAGAUCUUUGCUCUUUUCUAAACACCUAGAGAUAUGCGUAGUAGGAUUGAAUGCGGCUGGAAAGACUUCGCUGGUCAAUGUGCUUGCGAGCGGACAAUUCAGCGCGGAGAUGGUCCCGACUGUUGGUGAGUAGCACAUCGAUGUGGGGCAUGUGCUGCGCAGAUCAAUCUGACAGACCUCGCAACCACCCAGGCUUCAACAUGCGCAAGGUGCAGUCUGGCAACACCACCAUCAAAGUGUGGGACAUUGGGUGAGUGAGGCGCCAGCUAGCGACGCGCAGAGGAGCUGGAGCUUCGGCUCGCAGGCUCCGGAUUGCUGAUUGCGGACCCCCCGUCUCUCGCUGUACAGUGGUCAACCUAGGUUCAGGAACAUGUGGGAGAGAUAUUGUCGAGGUGUUUCAGCCAUCGUCUUUGUGGUGGAUUCCGCCGUUCCUCUGCCUCGAGAAGGUGCUGUCCAGAGCAGCAGCGGCGGCGGCGGCGGGGCGACUACGGCGGACCCAUCUGAUCCUUCGACAAGCUGGCAAGUGGCUACAGAGGAGCUGCAUGCGCUUGUCGCUAGACCGAUGUUGGCUGGAUUGCCGCUCCUUGUGCUAGCUACCAAGAACGACGUCAAGGGAGCCGCGAGCGCGGAAGAUGUGAUCAGAAUCAUGUGAGUUUUGCUUAGCAGCAUCAUGAACCUGCGAUCGGUUUGUUUAUCCUCCAUCUCGUACAUCCAUUCGUUUGCAGGCGCCUGGAAACAAUAGCGAAUCGAGAAGUAUCUUGCUACUCCAUCUCAUCCAAGGUGCAGACCAACAUCGACGUCACCCUGCGAUGGCUCUGCGCAAGGAGCCCAGCCGGUGCUCGAUGA